AAUUCCUAUUAAAGCGUUUAGAAAAAUUUCAUAUUGGAAUGAAAUUAAUUUACCGAGGAUGCAAGCUGAAGCUGACGCACAGCCUCUUAAUUCGAAGAAACAAUAUGUAUUAUUGAGCCAUUUGAAUGCUAAAGGAGGAUUUGAUGAUGUUAUUUCACGUGUAGAAAGUGGUAAAUUUGCCAUUGAUGAUUCUGGAACAAAGGAAUACUUAAAAGCCUUAGUGGCCACUGAUAAAAUUAAUAAUCUUGAUCUUCAGAAUUUAAUGAGGAGUGUACACAGCUUUAAGGAAGUUCCCAAUAAAGAACUGGAACGGACCAGAUUAACUUCAUCUUCUAGCAAUCCUGUUCCAGUCACACUUUCUAAGCCGAUUAUUGUUGCCAUGCAAGAGCCAACUUUUCUUUCUCAAGUUUGGAAGGUUAUUAGAAUUGCCGUGUUCAGUAUUAUUGGAUUUUCUGCUUUAAGUGCACUGUUAGAGGAAAAAGGCUUGGGAAAAGGCGUUUCCUUACAUUCUGAGAUCGAGCCGCAAGCUCAGAAACGGAAAUAUAAAUUUGAAGAUGUUCGUGGCGUUGAUGAGGCUAAAGAAGAUUUAGAGGAAAUUGUGGAAUUUUUGAAAAAUCCCGAAAGAUUUACUCGUUUAGGAGGGAAACUGCCUAAAGGUGUACUUUUGAUUGGUCCGCCGGGAACAGGAAAAACUUUAUUGGCCAGAGCUAUUGCUGGAGAGGCCGACGUUCCGUUUUUCUAUUGUUCAGGCUCGGAGUUUGAUGAAAUGUUUGUUGGGGUUGGUGCUCGACGUGUUCGGGAUUUAUUUAACGCUGCAAAGAAAAAGCAGCCGUGCAUUAUAUUUAUUGAUGAGAUUGAUGGGAUUGGCGGAGUUAGAAACCCCAAAGACCCCAACUAUUGCCAAAUGACGUUAAAUCAAUUAUUAGUAGAGAUGGACGGUUUUGCACAAAACGAAGGUGUCAUUGUUAUUGGAGCCACAAACUUUCCCGAACUUCUUGAUAAAGCUUUGAUCCGUCCAGGACGUUUCGAUAAGCAUGUGAAUCUUCCUUUGCCCGACAUAAAGGGGCGAAUAAAAAUUCUUGAAGCUCAUAUAAAAGAUAUUCCCGUCUCGGAAGAUGUUGACUUGUCGACUUUAGCACGAAACACUCAUGGUCUUUCUGGCGCCGACUUGGCUAAUAUUGUGAAUCAAGCCGCCCUGAAGGCCUCCGUGGAGGGAAAAAGGGAAGUAGAGAUGUACCAUUUGGAAUACGCGAGAGACAAAAUCUUGAUGGGCUCCGAAAGGAAAUCUUCCGUUAUUGAAGAGGCUAACCGCCGCUCCGUGGCUUUUCACGAAAGCGGGCACGCGCUCGUGGCCAUGCUGACUAAAGGCGCUCUGCCCAUUCACAAAGCCACAAUAAUGCCACGUGGAAAAGCGUUGGGGAUGGUUAUGCAACUUCCUGAGAAUGAUAUGCUUAAUUGGUCGAAAGAGCAGUUAUUGGCCACGUUGGAUGUUUGUAUGGGCGGAAGAGUUGCGGAAGAGUUUAUAUUCGGCAAAGAACACGUGUCAACAGGGAUAUUAAUAUAAUAAAUAUUAAUUG